ACUCUUUUUUUUCGUUAAUCCCAACGGUCACCGUACGCCAUUUUAGUUUAGCCUCUUCACUUCACCUUCCUUAAGGCUUCAACUCUGUUUCUUCUCUUGCUAUAAAAAUCCAACUAUCGACAGAGGAGGAGUAGAAGAAAGAAAUGGCGAAAUCAAAGGUGAAGUGUGAGCAGAGCAGCCAAAACGGAGUGGAAGAGAAGAAGAAGAGAAAGAAAAAGAUGGAAGGGCUUAAGCUCAACAAGUUCUCUCUGGAUCUCAAAACCCCCAAAUCUUCUCCCACAACGAUUGAACCCUUGAAGAUGCUCAGAAGUUAUAAGAGGAGAGAUCUUUCGAAUAGAGUUUAUGCUUCGGAUGAGGAGAGAUUGUAUGCAAUCAAAAGAGCCGAAAAACUUCGAUCGGGUUUAGGAUCUCAUCACCCAAGUUUUGUCAAGCCAAUGUUACAGUCACAUGUGACUGGAGGCUUUUGGCUGGGUCUUCCAUGCACAUUUUGCAAGAGACACCUUCCCCAAGAUGAUGAAAUGGUUACUUUAGUGGAUGAGGAAGGAGUUGAAUUUCAGACGAAAUAUCUUGCUUUGAAAACUGGUCUAAGUGGUGGAUGGAGAGGGUUUUCUAUCGAUCACCACCUAGUUCAUGGAGAUGCUGUGGUAUUCCAGCUAGUCAAGCCUACCCGGUUUAAGGUAUACAUAAUCAGAUCAAAUGGUUCUGAAAAAGAAGAUGAGAAAUGUGGCUUACCAAAUUUAAAUGGUUAUGCAAGACAUAUGGACUCAGAUCAUACUGAGGAGGAGUUAACAACCUCUAAUAAGCUCAAGGGUCCAGAGCUGCUUCCGCUAGACUUUUUGGAUGAGAAUUUUCAAAAGAGCAGUAUGAUGGCAUUCGAUUUGAACAAUGCUUUGGAAGUAAUCCUGCCUUCGGAAUCUGUUGAUGAUUCUAGAGAAGUGAAAAGCUUUGAAAAUUUUCACAUUCUUGUGAAUGGAUUGAGCAUAGACUCCGAGCUUUCAGAUUACCACAGGAUGAAGUUUCGUGAACUCUGUAUAGCUCAAAACUCUUUUCUUCAUGAGCAUCUUCUCAAGAGUAUCAGCUGUAAAAUGGCUGCCGAAAUGAUCACUGAGAUUGUCAACAUAACAGAGGCCAUUAGGGCUUCCAGUCUUUCCACCCCUCAAGAUGAUUAUGAAACAUGGGAGCAGACUUUGGAAGGUUUUCAGCACUUGGGCUUGAACGUUAGACUUUUACGACUCCGGUUGAACCGUCUUGCAAGCCUUGCUUUGAAAUCAAAAGAAGCCAUGGAAUCUGACACCUGUAGAAAUGUUCGACUUGAGCGAACCCGUGUGCAGGGAGAGAUGCAAACUGUUGAGUUAAAUCUUCUUAAAUCAAAAGAGAAAAAGCGCAGACUUGAUGCAGAAAUAGAGGCAUUAAGGGCCAAUGUUGAGAGGAAUGAACUUUUGUUUCAGGGUAUGGUUAAUGCCCCAUGGGGAAGUUAGGUACUUCUAGAAUGACUUAUUAGUUUACACUCUAUGGCUGGACUUGCGGUUAUGGUACCAAAGAAGAGGUAUAUGGCUGGCCUGGCAGAAUGCUGUUUACUCUUCUGGGUCAGCAAUUAUAUCUCAUGUCAUCCCAGCACAAUUUUGUAUAUGUAUGCAUAAUGCAUGCUGUUAUAUUAUGUAUAUAUGUAUGCAUAAUGCAUGCUGUAAUAUAAUAUAACUUAAUUUUGUGGAGGAAAUAGUGUUUGUACUUGUAACAUUCCUCGGAUUUUAAACUAUGUAGGGUACUGUAUGAUGUUAUAGAAUAUUUCGACAAAAA